AUGAAUUAUCGUCCUGAAUCAACAUUAAGACAAAUGAAUUGUUAUGAAUUUAUUGAAUUAUUUGAACAACAAUAUAUAAAUGAAAAAUGGUUAUUAAUUGAACAACGUAUAUUUGAAAUGUUACGACAAAUAUUUGAAUGUGCAUCGGAUGAACAACCACCUCUAGGUAUUGGAUCAUGUAUAAACUCACGAGCACUUUAUGCAACAGAUAUUAUGUUAGAAUAUGAUGAUAAAACAAAUUUAAUACAACCAAAAUUAUUAGAAAUUAAUUUUGUACCCGAUUGUCAACGAGCAUGCAAAUAUUAUCCUCAAUUUUUUAAUCAAAUAUUUAAUGUUCUUUAUAGAGAUGUGACAGAAGGGCAAGAUUAUGAUAAAAAUGAUGUAGCUCAAUCACAUACAAUCACAAUAUAUCAUGGUCAUGAAGCAACGGAAUUGAGAGGUGAAAAUGAACCAACAAUUAUAUUAACCUCAAAUAUGCUACUGUCAAUCCUUCAACAUCUUUCAUUUGGACUUUUUGUAUAUAUUAGUGUUGUUAGUUCAAAAUGUAUAUGGUAUGAAGGGGUUCGUGAUGGUUAUAAUAUAGUAUCGCCCGAUGGUGAAGCAAAAGCAGUAACAUCUGAUGAACAUCUUCACUUACUUCAUGAAAUGUGUCCACACAUCGAUACAAAUAAAAAUACAAAAUUAUGUUGUGAUAUAAAACAGUUACAAGCAAUAGGAAAAUUCAAAUAUAUAGUUGAUAAUUUAAUUGGUCGUUGUCCAUCGUGUUAUUAUAAUUUUCUGAGAAUAUUUUGUGAAAUGUCAUGUGAUCCAAAUCAAAGCGAUUUUAUUUAUCCGUUAAAUUUAUUAAAUGUAACAAAGUAUGAACAACAUGUACAUUCAGUUGAUACAGUAGAUAAUGGUGAAGAGCUUCAACCUAAAUUUGAGGGUGAAGAAGAUUAUAAAGAUGAAGAAGAAGAAGAUAAUAAUCAACAAUUACCAUCAAAAUCAUCACUAGUCGCUGACUCACAAAAACCAGUUGAAAUGGUGGAAAUUGUGAGUAAAAUAAGAUAUUUUAUAUCGGAAACACAAGCAAACGAUUUCAUUAAUUCAUGUUGGAGUGUUCGUAUUAAUUUUCAAUAUGCCAUCGAUAUUUUAUGUGGUGCUAUGAAUCGAGCAUGUAAUGUUAAAACAUUAUUUGAAUAUAUUGGUCUGAAAAAUGAACACGCUAAAAUAAGAAUUGAUUUUGUAUUUGUUAACAAUUUAACAUAUUAUGAUCAACAAUUAGGAAAAACAUUCACACCAUCAACAGAGAAAAUGUUUCGUUGUGAUCAACCUGUGAUAUUGCCACAUGCUCAAGGACAUAAAUGUACUUGUUCGGAUUGUACUGCCAUGUGUCCGCUUGUACUGUCAGACAGUAACACAACUAUAAAAGAUACGGGAAAAGUGGAAAUAUUUGGUGGUCGAAUACAUCGUGUCACGUUAGGUGCUAUUGUUAUGUACAUAUUAUUUGUUUUUAUAUUUAUUGUGGUUCAUGUAUUUAUAUUGAUUUGUCGUUAUCGAACAGACAAAAAAGAUUUUCAACCAGUUGUAGUGGCUACUGACGAUACUCAUGACAAACAAACAAAUGAUCGUGUUAGGAUUUCGCUUAGUAAAGAUAUAGUAUCAGAAUAUUCAUAUGAACCAGAGCAUAUACGUUUAUUAGAUCGUAUUGGAAUUCAAAUUGAUGAUGUAUUACAUAACGUAUUUGAAGCUAUUGGUAGAUUCAGUGCUUAUAAUCCAAGAAUGGUGAUUAUUCCUGUAUGUGUUAUUUUGUUUGUGCUCUGUUUUGGUUGUCGUUAUUAUACAGUGACAACAGAUCCCGUUGAUUUAUGGGUAGCAAAGAACAGUCGUGCUCGACAAGAAAAAGACUAUUUUGAUCAAAAUUUUAAACCAUUUUAUCGUAUUGCUCAUUUAAUAUUGGUUCCGAAAAAUGGUACUACCGUGAAACUAGACUAUAAGACUCCGUUAGGAGCAGUAGAACAGCAUACGUUUGGACCGGCAUUCGAAAAAAAUUUUCUUUAUGAUGCAUUAAAAUUACAAUUAGAAAUUGAACAAUUAACUGCUGGAGCAGAAGGCGGAAAAACAAUUUAUUUGAAUGAUAUAUGUUAUAAACCAUUGGAACCAGACAAUAACCAUUGUGCAAUAUUUUCAUUAUUUCAAUAUCAUCAAAAUAAUUUAGAAUUUUUAAAUGAUUCAGUAUAUGCGUCUCAAUAUCUUGAAUGUAUUCAAGCACCUAUUACAUUAGAAACAAAAACAUUUAAACAAAGUUGUAUGGCUAAAUUUGGUGGUAAUGUUGAUCCGUAUAUGGUAUUGGGAGCAUUUCCAACUAAAGAUGGUGUACCUGAUUAUACAGGAGGACAAGCAUUGAUAAUAACGAUAACGAUUAACAAUCAUCCUCAUGGUGAUCAAAAACUGAAAAAUGUUUUAUUAUGGGAAAAAAAAUUUUUAGAGUUCAUGUCAACAUAUAAAUCUGACUGGUUUGAUGUUAAAUAUCGAGCUGAACGAUCAAUCGAAGACGAAAUUGAACGAGAAUCACGAUCGGACAUUAAAACGGUUGUUAUUAGUUAUAUGAUCAUGUUUCUCUACAUCACACUGGCCUUAGGACGAAUAAGAAGUUGGAGAGGUCUAGUAGUUGACAUGAAAAUAUCAUUGGGUAUUGCUGGUGUAGCACUUGUGGCAGUAUCCGUUUGUGCUAGUGUAGGAUUAUUUUCGUAUAUGAAAAUACCGACAACAUUGAUCAUCUUCGAAGUUGUGCCAUUUCUGGUUUUGGCUGUUGGAGUUGACAACAUAUUUAUUUUAACUCAUUCUAUUCAACGUGAUCGACGUUUACCUGGUGAAUAUGUUGAAUGCCAAAUUGGUCGUAUUGUUGGUCGUGUUGGUCCAGCUAUGUUACUCACAUCCUUAUCAGAAUCUAUUGCAUUUUUUCUUGGAGCAUUAACACCAAUGCCAGCUGUUCGUUUAUUUUCAUUAUACGCAGCUGUAUCAGUAUUAAUUGAUUUUUUAUUGCAAAUUACCAUAUUUGUUUCGUUCAUUACACUAGAUCAUAAACGUACACGUGCACGACGUGCUGAUGUUUUAUGUUGUUAUAAACUUAAAAGUAGUACUAAUCGAAAUAGAAAUAGAAAAACUGAAACAAAAUCAUCAACUGUAUUAUCUUGUUUAAAUUGUGGUGGUCAUCAUAAAACUGUUGAAUGUGAGCAAAUACAUGAUCAAAAGAAUGAUAAUGAUAAUAAUAAUAACAAUAAUAAUAACAACAGUGAUAGGCAUGAAGUUGCAGCAACUGAAAAUGGACAUCUCGUCGACUCAACAGAUGAGCAACCACUAAAAACAGAGAAAAAAGAAAUUUAUGGUAGUGAUGAAUCAGUUGAAGAACAUUUACUAAAAAUGGAUGGAUUUUUAUUUCGUAUAUUUCAAAUUCACUAUGCUCCAUUUAUGAUGAAUAAAUUUGUAAGACCAAUUGUUUUAUUUUUAUUUACAAGUUGGCUUUGUUUAAGUAUUGGAUUAUUACCACAUGUUAAAAUUGGACUCGAACAAAACAUUACAAUGGCAACCGAUUCAUACAUGAUUGAUUAUUUUUUAGCACUUAAACAAUAUUUUGCUGUUGGACCACCUGUUUAUUUUGUAAUUAAAAACGGUAUCAAUUAUGGUGAUUAUAAUGCGAGUAAUUUGAUAUGCGGUAGUUCUGGAUGUUCAGAAGAUUCUCUGGUAAAUCAGUUGAGUUCAGCAUCGCGAUCACCAUCAAAAACUCGUUUAGCACAAAUUGGUACAUCAUGGUUAGAUGAUUACUAUGAUUGGUUAAGACAUCGUGGAGAAACACCAUGUUGUCGUAUUAAUAAGCAUACUGGAGAAUUUUGUUCAGUUAAUUAUAAUUCAACAUCAAAUUGUGAAGAAUGUACACCAAAUUUUACUCGUAAUGGUUUAUCAGUAAAUAAUUUUAACAAAUAUUUACCAUUUUUUUUAAAAGACAAUCCAAAUUUAAAAUGUGCAAAAGGUGGUCAUGCUGCACAUGGUCAAAGUGUUAGCUUAACAGCAGAUAAUAACGUCGAAGCAAGUCUAAUUAUGGGCUAUCAUAGCUUAUUAAUUAGUUCAAAUGAUUUUAUUGAGGCAAUGCAACAAGCAUAUAUUAUGGCAGAUAACAUCACAAAAACCUUACGUGUAGCUGGUUAUGAUGUCGAAGUCUUUCCCUACAGUAUAUUUUAUGUAUUUUACGAACAAUAUUUGACAAUUUGGCGUGAUGUAUUAUUGAAUUUAUCGUUGUCAACAACGGCCAUAUUUUUUGUAACAUUUAUCUUGUUGGGUUUGGAUAUAAUCACUGCUCUCAUCAUUACAUUAACAAUAGCUAUGAUUACAAUUGAUAUGAUUGCAAUGAUGUACGUUUGGAAUAUUGAAAUGAAUGCCAUAUCGUUAGUAAAUCUUGUUAUGUCUGUUGGAAUAUCGCUUGAAUUUUGUGCUCAUAUAUGUCGAGAAUUUAUUUUAUCGGUAAAAGGAUCUAGAUUGAAGAGAGCCGAACAAGCAUUAGCUUAUAUGGGUAGUUCGGUAUUUAGUGGUAUUACAUUAACAAAAAUUGGUGGCAUUAUUGUACUAGGCUUUUCUCAUUCACAAUUAUUUCAAGUAUUUUAUUUUCGAAUGUUCAUAUGUAUUGUUCUAUUCGGUGCAGCACAUGGGCUUAUAUUCUUACCAGUUUUAUUAAGCUAUAUUGGUGCAGAUGCAAAUCGUAUUCGUAUUCAACGAUUUCAUCGGCAAAAAUCUAGAAUUAAAAGUUUAGAUCUAAUACAGUCACAACCAUCACUUGUUAAUUCACAUUUUCUUCCAUUAGCACAGACAGAAUUAGUCAGUAAUAAUAUGGAUACACUACCAUAA